AUGUAUUCACAUGUACAUUAUGUAAUUCCAUUCAUUUUCAAAAAAAACACCAAUAUUCAACACGGUUGCCAAUGCUCUAUUAAAAAGGAAAAGUGCCAAUACUGUAUCUCCAAUGACAAUAUAGAAUACUUGAAACAGCAAGAAAAAGAACGUCAAAGACUUGAAGAGAUAAAAAAUAGAGCAUAUCAACAGAGACUUUACCAACAGCAACUUUACCAACAACAACAGGAACAACUCUAUCAACAACAACUCUAUCAACAACAACUCUAUCAACAACAACAAAGGCUCGAACAACAACAAUUAUAUCAGCAACAACAACAACAACAAAGAGUCCAACAACAAUUAUAUCAACAACAACAACAACAACAAAGACUCCAACAGCAACAAAUACUCCAACAACAAAAACAGAGUGCAGCACAAAUGAUUAAUGACCAGAUGGUCCCAAUGGAUAUCGAUACACCAUUGGUAAAUACAAGAGGUUUGUCAAAUAUUCAACCUCAUAAAUUGAGCCAAUCACAAAUGGCAGAGAUACGUUUAAAUGAACGUAUACAAUUAUACGGUUUAAUGAUCAGAAGGGAAAUUCCAGGAGAUGGAAAUUGCCAGAUGCAUGCGCUAUCUGAUCAAAUCUAUGGUGACUUGGACCAUAGUGCUUUAAUUAGAACCGUAAUUGUUGAUUGGCUUAGAAUCAAUGGAGGAUUUAAACUUCCCAAUGGUGCCACCCUAUCAGACUUUGUCUAUGAUUCAAGUUGGGAAGAAUAUUGCCACAAUAUGUCAAAAAAUGGUACAUGGGGUGAUCAUUUAACAUUAGUCGCAGCAGCUGAAAUCUUUAAAAUUAAUAUUACAAUUAUAUCAUCAGUUGCAUCCCAAACUGGUUUCUUCAUCGAAAUUAAACCAAAAUUGUAUAGAGUUGUUGAUCCACUUACUGGUGAAUCAGUUCAAGUAGUUGAUGGUCUUCAAGGUGUCAAAAGAAUCAAUUUUAAACAAAAUUUAAAGCUAAUGGUUGUACAAUUAAAACCUGUUAAUCUUGAAUAUGUUGCUGUUCAAUAUCAAGGUAUUUGUGUUCAAUUAGCUAUUCCACUUGCCAGUAACGGUCGUUAA